AUGGUUGACCUUGGCGGCUCCUUAGCCGUGGCGUCUCGCGGGCUGUUCGCGACAGGCGUCUCCACCGAUCUGAAUGUGACAUAUCUUAGCUCUGGUGGCAAGGUCGGCGACAAGAUCCAAGCUGAGGUCACAUGCGACAAGUUCGGUAAAACUUUAGCCUACACAAAUAUCAAGUUCAUGAACUCCAAUGGGGAGGUUUUUGCAAGAGGAAGCCACACGAAGUAUGGAACUCCCUUCAAAUCACACAAAUCUCCCACAAUACUGACGCCUCUUGCUGCCAGAUACGUUGCUUUAGCCUGGAAGGACCCCAAGAACAUCGUCGAGGAGCUCGGCGGCCGGAAACAAUCAUAG